CGUCGCAUCGUGGAAUGAAGAUUGGACUCGCAAACUGACGAAGUGGGGAGCAAGGCCGGGAAGCCCCCAUUGUGUCUCCCGUAGGCACACCGAGCCCCGUGGAAGCAGUAGCAGCGCUUACGUGGCAAAGUGACGAACCCUAAAGCGACGGCAGCAACACGACACGAACGCGAGGGAGGUCACGUUCUUGUGGGCCCGAACAAGAAGCGAGCUCGGUGUCGAAUUUGGAGGGGUUUGUACAGAAUGCGGUGGGAAAACGGAAUGUGGGGAUGAAACCUGGAGCCUCUUUCCAUCUCUUUCUUUCCCUCUGGCGUCUGCGAAAGUAGAGGGUCUCAGCAGAUUCAGGCAAAGGGUUCCAAUUUGUCCCGCGAGUUUGGAGCCGACUCGAUUAGUGGACCGCCAUCGACUCUGGUGGGGGGACCUUACCACAUGCAAGAGUUAGACUGAGAAGGGACCGUCGUCGAGAUAUUCGUGGAGAUGGAAGAUUCGCCUGUUCUGAGGGCCCCAGGCACGUAAUGUGGUGUGGAUCCCUGCGAUGCCGGAACAACGCAAUAGCGUGAUGAGGGGUGCAAAUGAUAGCAGCAGCAGCAGCAGCAGUAGCGGUAACAGUAGUAUUAUUGCCUUGAGGGCUUCGACAGUCCUCAACGCUUUUUCGCUCUCGCCUUUUUCUCUUUCGGUGACCCCGGCGUUGCUCUCCGUCUGCGUGUAUAUGCUGUGCAUUUCAAUGUUUGUGUCCCCGUUUUUCACAGUGUCGCUGACCCGGUGUCAGUUUCUUAGCCUCUCUUCCCUCUUCCUUCCCCGUUCCCACACGCUUUUCUAUCUUCUCUAUCUUCUUCUGUCCCUUGCGUUCUGUCUCUCCAUCUGCCUUUCUCUAUCGUUCGUGACUUUCGCCAACUCGAUCGCUUAUGAGUCGCACUAAAUGAUGGCAUUCUUUGACCGCAAGGCGAGGACGUUUAGAGUUCUUGAAGGCCUGCGGGAAUAGCUUUGAAACUCUGUGAAUCAUUGAGGGCCUUGGGUUGGCGACCAAUCACCUGCCGUUUCUUUUCCUCCACGAGGAUCUCUACUCAGAAACCGGGGAAUUCAUGCGGAAAUUGUAUGGCUGGGGACUAGUCUAUCAUUGAGCCCGGAACAUGCUCGGCUUGCAUUUGGAGGCGUCGCAAUUUCCCUCUUGGAAGGUCUAGGUCAGACCUGGUUGCAGGUCAUGGGUGAUGUAAGAAGACUCCAUUCUCAUUUGUGACCAGAUCGCUACACCGAUACCCUUUUGAAACUUGCGCUUACAAAACCUUAUUGGGCAGAAGGAAACCCGUUGGAUCGAACUCUCUUCUCUUGAGCAGCGUGAAUUGAUCAGAAAAUCGAGGCACAAGACCGGUCUGCUGCAGAGUUCUUUGUCUUCGGGCUUACCAACACUCAAUGAAGUGAGGGAUUUACUGCAGCAAUUCACACAUUCUACUUCUUUCACGAUGGCGACCUUCCAAACUAGUGUCGGUGACCCGGCCCGGCAAGCAGAGGAGUGUCAGCAAAAGCGCACUGAAAGAGAAACGGUGGACGUUGUUAACAAAAUCAACUUCCCUCUAACGCAAGGGGAGCUUGGGGCGGUUGUCAUAGUGUUUUCCGUGUUUGCCAUGGCGUUGUCCAUUAUAUACCUGACAAUGCCAACAGUGGAUUAUCAGGUUCUUAAGCUCCCCCAUAACGUGGAUGAAGUUCGGUUGCUUACGGAAUACGUUUCUGGGUAUGCCAAAGACUACACAUUGCAGGUGGUUCUGGGAUACUUUGUCACAUACAUGUUCAUGCAAACGUUCAUGAUUCCCGGAACGAUUUUCAUGUCACUGCUAGCCGGUUCUUUGUUUGGUGUUACUAAAGGUCUAAUUUUGGUGAUAGUAACUGCAACAUCUGGUGCUUCAUCCUGCUUUUUCCUUUCAAAGCUGGUGGGUAGACCGAUUGCGCAUUGGCUAUGGCCAGAGAAACUCAGCUUUUUCAGUUCUGAGGUAGCCAGGAGGAAGAAGUCCUUAUUAAAUUACAUGCUCUUUUUGAGGAUAACGCCAACCCUUCCAAAUACGUUUAUCAAUGUUGCGUCCCCCAUUGUUGACGUUCCUUAUCGUACAUUUUUUUUGGCAACACUAUUUGGUCUUAUUCCUGCAGCCUUUGUGACAGUUAGGGCUGGCCUUGCUCUGAAUGAUCUACAUUCGAUAACGGAUCUAUACGACGCGAAGACUCUGGGAACUCUAUUUCUCAUCGGGGUGGUUUCUAUUCUUCCCACUUGGGCGGAGAAAGUACGGGCAAGGCCUUCACGAGAACAUGCUGCAUAAGUGCAGCACGAAGCAAUACAAGAUUAUCCUGAUGAAGAAGCUACGUCCGCAGUUCUGAUUCGAACUGACAGGUUGUAUAUUUGUAAGAGAUCGUUUCAUCACAAAGUUGAAGGGUAUAGCAACGUUUUGAUUCAAGAAUUGAGAAUUAUCUAAGGUGUAUAUGAGAAAACUCGCGGUACAUCUGGAUGAAUCUCCUUCUGUUUUGUGCAGACGCCUUUCAAGCUAUUUGUCUGUUGCCAUAGUCCCAGGAAGAAAAAAGGGAGAACUAGAGAAUUACAGCCCAAACACACCAAACUGGGAAAUUUUUAAUCCUUUGUGUCUUCGAGGGUGGAUAUUCAAAUCACGUUUCUUUACAGUGAUUUGUGUACUCUAGUAAAGCACUGUAAAGAGGUCUGUAGGACAGACAGUUGCACAUCAAUUGGAAGCACCUGUGCGUUCGUCAUGUCUGUUUUGUAAAUAUUAAUUGAAAUGACGAACUUUGAAAAAGGUCCGCAACCAACCAAUUUGUCUUUCCGUCUUUACGAUUGUUUUUUUGGUCCGCAGAAGUCCAAAUUGUAUUCUAGGCUCUAGGAAGACCUCGGAAACCAAUGAGAUUUGUGCGUUAUUAUACGUCUCGUGGACUGCGAACUUGAGUGUGACCAAAUUCUGGUAUCGUCUUGCCCAGUUUACUGGCCGAGGGAAGGCGAACAUUGUCGACUUAGGAAGUGUGGCCAUGACCGGUGUAAAACUUUUGUUUGGAAUGAGAGAUGAUUUAAUGGGGAGUUGACUUCUUGGUUGUCCAGGAGCACCGAGUGUGGUCCAGGGUAACUUUAUGGUGUGAAUAAUUUGAGCUUGAGACAAGUGCUAGCUCUUCUGCAGCCACUUGUGGAUAAAAAAAGUCUUCAUCGUAAGUAAGGUAGGAUUUGGUGUUCCUGCCACGAUCUGAAGAAAAUCCAUCAAGUUUGAUCAGUAGAUAGCUCAAUUUCUUUUUAGUUUUGAACUGAUUGACAAGUCCACCGAAAUAAGCUCUCAAAAACCGGUAAAACGUCCAGUUCUCUUUUAAUAUCUGUUCAGAAAAAAUCGCUUCGAAAUCAAGAUUACAUUGAAAGAAAUUAACUUAAUUUUAGUCAAAAUGUUUAGUAGAGAUAUG